GUUGAUAUAACCGCCAUCUUGAAAAGUGCCCUCUGAUGGUCUACCUUUUCGCGCCUGUCAGAAUCUGUUGUAAACAGGUUAUUGUGUUCUCAAAAUUCGCGAGGUGAUCGCGUUUUAAUUUCAGUAACAUUUUAUUUAAAGGAUUGCCUAGCUACAUGUCGGGGACUCGCCUUAAACCGCUCUUAAACGGUGUGUGUUAAUUGUGGGCUGUGGACGAGGUGUAUUUCUGCUGCAUGUGUCCUGUUCUUAAGGAUCUCUCGUCUCUGCUGACCGUGGUGCCUGUAAUGGGCCAGAAGUCCCAAAGAGCACAAGAAUUAUUUUAUUUUUAAUCUGAAUUUUUACCAUCGGGGCGCUGCUUCGUUCAGUGGCACCAUGUUUUGGAAGUUUGAUCUGCACACAACGUCCCACAUUGACACACUCCUAGAGAAGGAGGAUGUAACCUUGAUAGAGGUUAUGGAUGAGGAGGAUGUCUUGCAGGAAUGCAAGGCCCAGAACCACAAACUCGUCGAGUUCCUGUUGCGCCCACAGUGCAUGGAGGACCUGGUGAGCUACAUUACCCAGGAACCCUGUGACGACGUGGAGGAAAAGAUUAAAUACAAAUACCCCAACAUAUCUUGUGAGUUGCUGACAUCUGAUGUUGGGCAGAUCAAUGACCGCCUGGGGGAAGAUGAGGGGCUGCUGAUGAGGCUCUAUGGCUUCCUACAGAAUGAGUCCCCACUCAAUCCCCUACUGGCCAGCUUCUUCAGCAAGGUCCUCAGCAUCCUUAUUGGCCGCAAGCCAGAACAGAUUGUGGAGUUUCUGCGAAAGAGGGAGGACUUUGUGGAUCUCAUGAUCAAACACAUAGGCACCUCUGCCAUCAUGGACCUGCUGCUGAGGAUGCUUACCUGCAUUGAGCCUCAGCAGCUUAGACAAGAUGUGUUAAAUUGGCUUAAUGAGGAGAAAGUCAUCCAGCGUCUAGUUGACAUGGUACAGCCAUCUCAGGAUGAAGAUCGGCACUCAAACGCGUCUCAGUCUCUGUGUGAGAUCAUCCGGCUGAGCAGAGAUCAGAUGUUCCAAGUGCAGGGCUGCUCAGAGCCAGACCCUUUGCUGGCCACACUGGAAAAGCAAGAGACAUUGGACCAGCUGCUGUCCAACAUCUUUGACAAGGAGAAGAACGAGUCGGCCAUUGUCAGCGUGAUCCAGAUUCUGCUCACACUCUUCGAAACACGGAGACCUGCCUUUGAGGGCCACCUGGAGAUGUGUCCUCCAGGCAUGAACCAUCCCUCCUUCUCAGUCAACCAGAGCAUCCUGGAGGCAGUCAGGCCUCGACUGAAAGACUUCCACCAGCUACUCCUGGAUCCUCCCAAGAAAACGCUCAUGAAAACCACUUGGGGAGUCUUGGACCCUCCGGUGGGUAACACCCGCCUCAAUGUGGUGCGACUGGUGGCCAGUCUCUUGCAGACCAACACGCAUAUCAUAAACCAGGAGUUGAUUAACCUCAACACUCUAGGAGUCAUACUUGAUAUGUACUUUAAAUACAUAUGGAAUAACUUCUUGCACAUACAAGUAGAAAUUUGCACUGCAAUGAUCUUAGCAAUGCCUCCAGCCCAAAGUGAAACUCCCGAAAUUAACAGAGAGCAAGACCAAGAGCCUGUCAGGGAAAACCACCUCAUCAAACAUGUGAGAAGCCCCCCACCCCCCAUCCCCAAUUUGUCCUUGUGUUUUUUUACUGCUCAAUCAUAUCUCGUCGAUAAACCAACCAAAACCAUUGUUUUUGUUCCUUUCCACAUCCAGCUCUUUCAGAAGUGCCAGUUACUACAGAGAAUCUUGGAUGCAUGGGGCUCUAACGAGAAGGAACAGGCUGAGGGUGGACGUCGGAGAGGCUACAUGGGCCACCUAACCAGAAUAGCCAACUCCAUAGUGCACAAUGGUGACAAGGGCCCCAAUGGGGCUCAGAUCCAGCAGCUCAUCUCAGAGCUUCCAGAGGAUGACAGAGAAAGAUGGGAGUCCUUCACUUCUGGCCAGCUAUCAGACACGAAUAAGAUUAACACUGUAGACUUGGUUAGCACAAACCACAUUCACUCAUCCAGUGACGAUGAAGUAGAUUUUAAGGACGGUGGAUUUCACCAGGACUCCUCCCUGCAACAAGCCUUUUCUGAUUAUCAGAUGCAACAAAUGACGUCCAAUUUUAUUGAGCAGUUUGGCUUCAAUGACGAAGAGUUUGCAGAUCAGGAUGAUGUCGUGGAUAUUCCCUUUGAUAGAAUAUCAGACAUCAACUUUUCCUUGAAUACCAAUGAAAGUGCAAAUAUAGCGCUGUUUGAAGCCUGCUGUAAGGAAAAGAUUCAGCAGUUUGAAGACACUGGCUCUGAUGAGGAGGACAUUUGGGAUGAGAAGGAUGUCACUUUUGCACCAGAAGCACAGCGACGUCCUCGGAGUUCUGGUAGUACUGACAGUGAGGAGAGCACAGACUCUGAGGAAGAAGAUGUGAAGCGCGACCCCUUUGAGCCCAGCAGUGCCACGACAGACGACAGGAUGGAGGUCGACACGGGUCCCGUGUGGACGGCCAACUUUGACGAUAUUCCCAUGGAUACAGGGAACUCUGCGGGGGCUGCUGGAGCUGCCCCCUCGUCCACCACGGGGACCAUGUCUGAGCCCACUGGCUGGAGCUCACCUGCUGCUGCCCCCAUAGCUCGCGACACAGAGACAAGCUGGGCUGACUUCUCCAGUUUCCCCCCCUCAGUGAGCCCCAAAGACCCACUGAGAUGCAGCUCACCAGUGGCCAUGGAGACGAGCCUAGAGACGGUGGACCCACUGGGUGUGAACGCACCCAUGCAGUCUGAAGCUGCAGGACAGUGGCCUGAAGAAGCGGUCCCCUCUGGGCCCAAAGCUGCCUCUGCAGGUGGUUCAGAUGCGGAGGAGGAGCCGGCUGGGGACCGCGUCACUGAGACGGUCACCAACGGCUCCAUGAAGGAGACGCUCAGCCUUACUGUAGAUGCCAAAACUGAAACUGCUGUUUUCAAGAGUAAGGAAGAGAAUUUACCUACCUCUGAAGAUGGAUCCGCCAAGUACGUUGUAGGUGAGAGUGGCGAAUCUAAGAGCACCUGUGCUGCUGCACAGCCUGUUGGCAACUGUCAGAAACCAGGUGCUAAUUUCUUAGAAGAGAAGGCAAAAGUUCAGAAUGAGGCUAUCAAUGGUCCCCUUGAAGAAGCACCAGUCAAGGAUGAAGCCAAAACAGAGCAGCGUGUGCCCUCACCAGAUUCAGCCGUUAACGGGCCGGUGUGAUGUGAUGCGGUGCGACUAUGCCUGCCUGCUCCUGCCCACGCUCGCGGUCUCCAGAAGGGGUUGGCCAGGAGGGGGCAGUGCCAGCCUGGGAGCCUGGGCGACAGCGGGAGCUACCCACCACCCCUCCUCCUCUCCCCCUCAACCCAACUUCACCAGAUCAGGACCAGCAAUAUUCAUAUUAGACAGUUGUACAGAGAGUUUGAACUGUAUGGAGAGAAACAUACUCUAAUUUUUUUUUCUUCUUUUUUUGCAUUCAUUUAUAAACUGUUGUUCUUAUGAGGUGAUCUGUCUAUCUUGCCACUCAAAGUUAAUAGUAAUGUUGCUAUAGUUAAAAUGAUUGUAUGAAUAAAAUAUUUUAUAAAAAGAAAACAUGUAUACAGAAACAAAAUAUGAAUUACUGAAAUAUACCAAUUGGAACACUUAGUGUGGCCAAAUUGUUUUUUGCUUUUUUUUUGUUUUGUUUUUUUUAAACAGGGCUUUUUUUCCCCUCUUGCACAAAUCUGGUAUUCUGAGUAAAAGCAACACUUACAGUGAAAUGUUAAUUGGCAACCUAUGUUGGUCUGUUUUAUUCAUGAGGCUGUGAUUAGGGGAAACAUAAUUUUACACAUUCAGAAAGAUUUAUUUUGCCACUGGUAUUAUUUGUAAAUGUUUCUUGUAUCCUUUCAUGAGCAAGAUCGGGGGGAACAAACUUUGGAAUAGUUUUUAACUUAAUUUAUUAUGAAAAUUUAGUUGUAAUAUUCUGUUACUAAGAGCCAUACACAUGUCCUCCCCUACCCUUUCCCCUGUGAUCACAUUAAACUGUACAAACCCCCUGAAGGAAGGACUGUAGAGGGUGUUCUCCAGUUGCAUGUAGCUAGCGAGUUUAACACUUUCUAUUGGCUUGUGAUGAUUGGAUCUUACUGUUUUCCAACUGUUCCUGUCUCACUGAAGUCAACCUCUCCACCUGCAAAGUUUUCUGGGAAUGUAAUGGAUAUUCCUGAUAUGCUUCAAUCAUGCAUAAAUCAUUGACUUUGAUUUAUUUUACUUUUUUUCUUUCAUUUUUUUUAAUAAAAGGGCAACUGUGCCAGAAAGAAUAGGAAACAAA